UUUCCGAUCCAGAUUAUCUUCAAACUGCUAAAACCCUUGCAAACCCUUGCAAACUUGAAAUGCCCCAAAUUUCAAGUUUGCGCUUCCUUUUCUCACCGCUAAAACCCUCAGUUUUCUCCAAACCAACACCCUGCUCCAUCUUCACUCUCCUCUGCUCCUCAAACCGACGCCGUAUAACUCCCACCCACAAGUCUCUCAAUUUCAGAAUCAGAAAAAACUCAACUUUUACCAGUACAGAGAAGAAUAAUAAUAUGAAGCAGAAGGGUAACGAGAGGGACGAGAAAGGGACUGCAAUGGAGGAGAAGGGUAGUGAGAAUUUAGGGUUUAAUAAAAGAAGAGCUGAGGGUAGAGAUAAGAGUGAUAAACCUAAGAGAAAUCUUCAGUUGAAAACUAGGAAACUUAAUCCUACUAAUACUAUUUCUUAUGUUCAGAUUCUAGGGACUGGAAUGGACACACAAGAUACUUCACCUUCAGUUUUGCUUUUCUUUGACAAGCAAAGAUUCAUUUUUAAUGCUGGUGAGGGAUUGCAACGGUUCUGCACUGAACAUAAGAUUAAACUAUCAAAGAUAAAUCACAUCUUUCUCUCUCGUGUCUGCUCAGAAACUGCCGGUGGAAUUCCAGGGCUUUUGUUGACUUUAGCUGGCAUGGGAGAAGAAGGAUUGUCGGUCAACAUAUGUGGUCCUUCAGAUCUUCAGUAUUUGGUUAAUGCCAUGAAAUGUUUCGUCCCUCAUGCUGCCAUGGUUAACACAAAAAGCUUUGGUUCUGAUACUACUGCUCAGUUUGAAGCAAAUAGCUUAAGUGAUCCCAUUGUCCUCGUUAACAAUGAGGUUGUCAAAAUAUCAGCCCUUCUUUUACAGCCAAGCAGCUCAAAAGAAUCAGCAGUAAAGCCCGGUGAUGUGUCUGUGUUAUAUCUUUGUGAAUUGCCUGAAAUUACUGGGAGAUUUGACCCACAAAAAGCUAAAGCUCUUGGUCUGAAACCUGGUCCAAAGUACAGUGAACUGCAAUUAGGGAAUUCAGUAAGGUCAGAUCAUCAGGAUAUCAUGGUUCAUCCAAGUGACGUAAUGGAUCCUUCAAUUCCAGGUCCAAUUGUAAUUCUUGUUGACUGCCCAACGGAACUGCAUGUACAAGAAUUGUUAACCAUACAAAACCUUGAUAGUUACUAUGUAGAUUACUCAGAUAACCAACCGGAGAAUAAGAAAACGGUGGCUUGUAUCAUUCAUUUAAGUCCUGCUUCUAUCAUAAGCAGCGGCAAUUACCAGAAGUGGAUAAAGAAGUUUGGUUCAGUCCAACACAUUAUGGCUGGACAUGAAUUGAAGAAUGUGGAAAUUCCAAUUCUUAAAGCCAGUGCCAGAAUUGCUGCAAGACUUAAUUACCUGUGUCCUCAGUUUUUUCCAGCUCCAGGUAUUUGGUCACUUCAGCAGAUUAACAGGUCGACUGAGGACUCUGCUUUUUCCAGCCAGGGUUGUGGCUCAGAAUUUUCUGAAAGGAUAUUAGCUGAAAAUCUUCUUAAGUUUACUUUGCGUCCUCAUGCUCAUCUAGGACUGGACAAAUCCAAUAUUCCAAGUCUGAUGGCUCGCUCAGAAGUUAUUAAUGAGUUACUUACAGAACUUCCAGAAAUUGUAGAUGCUGCUCAGGAUGUCGGCCAGUUCUGGAAUAGAUCUGGACAAUUGAAAGGAGAUAUAGCUCUUGGACCAGACAGUAAUGCUAUGAUCGAAGAGCCAUGGUUAGAUGAGAAUAGUCUUCCUAGCUGUUUGGAGAAUAUCAGGAGAGACGAUAUGGAGAUUGUGCUUCUUGGAACAGGUUCAUCUCAGCCAUCUAAAUAUCGAAAUGUUAGCGCUAUCCAUAUUAAUCUCUUCUCCAAAGGAGGUUUGCUUCUAGACUGUGGGGAAGGAACACUUGGACAACUGAAACGAAGGUAUGGUGUGGAGGGUGCUGAUAGUGUUGUGAGAAAUCUAUCAUGUAUCUGGAUUUCUCAUAUUCACGCCGAUCACCAUACAGGAUUAGCAAGAAUUCUCGCACUGCGGCGUAAUUUGUUGAAGGAUGUGGUCCAUGAGCCAUUACUAGUUGUUGGGCCAAGGCAGCUUAAGGGAUUUCUAGAUGCAUACCAAAGACUGGAGGACCUGGAUAUGCAGUUCCUCAAUUGUAGGAGUACCGAUAGCGCUAAGUGGGAAGCUUAUGAGGGUAAUAGCGAGUUCAACAAAAAUUAUUCAACCCCAGGAAGUCCAAAUAAUCUUGAUGAUGCUAACAAAUCCACACUGAAUACUAAACUAACUUUGUUCGCUAAAGAUAGGAAGAAACCGAGCAGUGUAGUUGACAAUCCUAUGGCUUUUGUACGUUUGAGGAAUUUGAAGAGAGUGCUGAAUGAAGCAGGGUUGGAGACUUUGAUUAGUUUCCCUGUCGUGCAUUGUCCGGAGGCGUUUGGUAUUGUGUUGAAGGCAGCAGAAAGAAUGAAUUCUGUUGGAAAACCGAUACCAGGGUGGAAAAUUGUGUACUCGGGUGACACUAGGCCCUGUCCAGCAAUGAUAGAAGCAUCGGAUGGAGCAACAGUCCUUAUACAUGAGGCAACUUUCGAAGAUGAUUUGGAGGAUGAAGCCAUAGCUAAAAACCAUAGCACCACAAAGGAAGCCAUAGAUGUCGGAAAUUCCGGCGGUGCGUAUCGGAUAAUUCUUACCCACUUCAGCCAGAGAUACCCAAAAGUACCAGUUUUUGAUGACACUCAUAUGCACAAUACAUGCAUAGCUUUUGAUAUGAUGAGUGUUAACAUGGCAGAUUUGCCUGUGGUUCCAAAAGUGCUCCCCUACCUUAAAUUGCUCUUCAGAAAUGAGUUUGAGAUGGUAGUUGAUGAACCAGAUGAUGUUACUGCAAUUUCUUGAUAAUUUAUCAAUUAAUUUAUUUUUUUUAGUUUCAUAAUUGGAUUGUUCUUGUGCUAGAAUUUAGUCAUUCAAUUAAUGAAAUUUAUACAGGUACAAUUGUUUCUGUUGUAUGCCAUGAGAUUUUGUACACCAUUUUCUAUAGCUAUACAUAGGGUUGAACCUCAAUCGGUUCGGUUCUGAAUUGAUUAA